AAAUUUGAAUAAAGGAAACGUGAAAUGGUAGAAAGGAAAGGAGCAACAGCUCAUGGCAUAUAUUCCCCCAACAUAACCCCACUUAUGUUUCCUGAUAUGGAGUGAGAACGCAGGAUACACCUACCCAACAACUCCACAGUUAUAAAGAGAAUAAUAUCUGCCACAUAUUUGAGCAAAAAAAAAAAAAAACUCAAAGUGAGUAAAGACCAUUUCUUAUGCUUCAAUCUUCUCACACAAAACAAGAAAUUACCCUUCAGAACGUUCGUAAUAAAGAUAUGAGCUUGGUGUUAUCCAGUGAUGCGAAACCAAGAUUGAAAUGGACUCAAGAACUGCAUAAAAUAUUUGUUGAUGCAGUUAAUCAACUUGGGGGUGCAAAUAAGGCUACACCAAAAUCUUUAAUGAGGGUGAUGGGCGUUAACGGACUAACUUUGUACCACCUCAAGAGCCAUUUACAGAAAUAUAGGAUCGGAAAGAAUAAACCAUCACAAUCCUAUUAUGAGGGUAAUGAACAAGAAAACUACAAAGAUAAUCAGAGUCCCUUCACUAGCAAGAACUGUGAUGGAGAGCACAAUCAGAUUAAUGAGAGUUUGCAGAUAGCUCAGGCUCUACAAGUGCAAAUGGAGGUGCAGAGGAAAAUUCACGAACAAAUUGAGGUGCAAAGACAUUUGCAACUGAGAAUUAAAGCACAAGGAAAGUACUUACAAAAUGUCUUGAAGAAAGCACAGGAAACACUAGCUGAAUAUAGUGCUACCUCCACAGAAGUCGAACAAGCAAAAGCUGAGCUUUCUCAAUUAGUUGCAAUGGUUGACAUCGGGUGUCCAAGUCCUUCAGUGUCCAUUUUGACAGAGAGUGAAGGCUUACUUUUAAAAGAUGCAAACCAUUUACCAAGACAUACCAGAUGCUCGCUCGAGAGUUCCUUGACAUCGUCUGAGAGCUCAGGUAGAGAGGAAGAAACUCGUCCAAUGCUUGACUUUGAUGACAAUGAGAAGAAUAAAGUUUCCGAAACCUGUAAUAGGAAGAGGAAUUACGUUGUGCUCCCACUGAUGGAAAUGCAUCCUGCAGAAAAGAGUGGAUUAGAGAGUCCAGUUAGCGAUAUGAAAAGGAACAGAAGUAAUAUAUAUGAUGGUCAUUCUAUUGUACAACCAUCAGGAAAAAGAUCAGAAGGGGACAGAAGUCAUGAGCAAUUGAUAAAGUUUGGAUCAUUGGAGACCUUUGAUUUGAACAGUAGAGGCCUGACAGAGUUUAAUUCAGGUCCAAAAGAAAUAGACUUGAACUGCAAUGCAGUUGAGCAAUUUACUGAAAAUCUUUAGUGUAUAGAAACAGUAUUAAUUGGCACAGACUGUACAUUGUUUCAUGUAUGGACACAUUGAACUUUUCUGAAGUAUAUCCAUAACUAAAGAUGCUAUACAUCA